GAAAAUUCAAAACCGACUCCGGAGGACGAAGACUGAAGACGGUCAGAACUCGGAAAGGAAGGAAAAGAGCAAAGAAAGGAGAGAGAAAUGGAGAAUAGAGAAGAUGUUAACUCUAUUCUACCGUUUCUACCACUGGCGAUUCAAUCUUCGUCUCUGAUUUGGCCACCACAGGUUGUGGAAGCACUGAAAGCUUUGUCAAACGGCCCCUCACACAGCCGAGUUGACUCGGGAGAGGUCCUUUCCCUCGCCAUUUCCGAUCUCAGAAGCUCACUCUCUCUUUCACCUUUCUCUCUCGCUCCUUUUGCCCCCGAAGGCUACGCUGUUUUCUUCGAUGAGCUAAUUUCGCGAGAAGAAUCAACUAGAUGGUUUGGCAAGGUCCUUCCAAGACUGGCAAAUUUACUCUUGCGGUUUCCAUCUCUACUGCAAUCACACUAUCAAAAUGCAGAUAACCUCCUUGAUGGCGGAAACUGCAGCAUUAAAACUGGUCUCCGCCUCCUAGGUCCACAAGAACCCGGUAUCGUCUUCCUCAGCCAGGAACUAAUUGGGGCUCUUCUUGCAUGCUCUUUCUUUUGUUUGUUCCCAGUCACUAAUAGAGGUGCAAAUCGUCUUCCAACAAUCAACUUUGAUCAUUUAUUUUCGAGUCUAUAUGGAAGUUACAGUGAAAAGCAAGAAAAUAAAGCACACUGCAUAGUUCAUUACUUUGAAAGGAUAUGUACAACUAUGCCAACAGGCCUCGUGUCAUUUGAGAGAAAGGUUCUAUUAAUGGGACAUUAUUCUUCACCUUUUGCUUAUCAUGAGGCUGAUUUUUGGAGUAAAUCUAGCAGUCUUCUUUGCCCUUUUGAGGUUCACAGUUCAGGAUUGAUAGAAGACCAGUCUGUUGGAGCUCUAGAAGUGGAUUUUGCUAAUAAGUAUCUAGGGGGGGGUGCCCUUCAUACUGGCUGUGUUCAGGAAGAAAUCCGUUUCAUGAUCAACCCUGAAUUAAUUGCUGGCAUGUUUUUCUUGCCCUCAAUGGAUGACAAUGAAGCUAUAGAAAUUGUUGGUUCGGAGAGGUUUUCAAGUUACACAGGAUAUGCCUUCUUCCGGUUUUCUGGUGAUUAUAUGGAUAGAACAGAUGCCGACACUUUUGGAAGACGCAAAACCAGGAUUGUUGCUAUAGAUGCAAUAUGCAGCCCAAGAAUGAGACAGUAUGAACUUAAAUGUCUCUUCGGGAGGUUAAUAAGGCAUUUUGUGGCUUUCGUCAUCAGUGUAAAUAUAGCCAGUGUGAGAAACUAUCACCAGACAAAGGAUACUGUGAAUCUCGGCCUGAUAAAGACAAUAACAACACCAGCUCCCAGUUCAUGGAUUUUACUUCAUUACAGGAAGCUCCAUCAAUUUCUACCGAGACAAAUGGAAGCAGCAUGCUAAACCAAGUCAUGGGAAAUUCAAGUGAAAGGGGUAGUGAAUCUCUAGAACGUGAAGAUAACGUCGGGAUUGCUACUGGGAAUUGGGGUUGCGGUGCAUUUGGAGGAGAUCCUGAAGUGAAGACCAUAAUUCAGUGGCUAGCCGCAUCUCAGG